ACUUGCUGCAAUUGCAGCUAGUGAAUGGGUCAGGCAGAUGUUCUGGAGGUGGGGAGGUUUUCUACCAUGGCCAGUGGGGCAGGGUCUGUGAGGACCACUGGGACAUGCAUGAAGCCAAGGUGGUGUGCCAGCAACUGAGAAUCUUUCUUAUCCUAAUAAUUAGAAGCAGAAUUAUCAUCUUCAUCAUCCUCAUUGUCAUCAUCAUCACCUUUGCCAUUGCCAUCAUCGCCAUCGUCUUCACCACUGUCACUAUCCUCACCACUGUCACCAUCACCAUUGUCAUCCUCAUCACCAUCCUCACAACCACUGCCACCAUCACCUUUGUCAUCCUCAUCAUCAUCAGCACCACUGUCACCAUCAGCACCACCAUUGUUGUCAGUGCCAUCAGGAUCAGCAUCAUUGUUACCAACACCACCAUCAUCACCAUCAUCACCAUCAUCAGGGCCUGGAUGGCCGUGAGGCUGGUGGGCGGCCGGGGGAGAUGCUCAGGCCGCGUGGAAGUUCUGGUCCAGGACGCGUGGGGGACCGUGUGUGACGACCUCUGGGACCUGGCCGAGGCCGCUGUCGUGUGCCGCCAGCUGGAGUGUGGCCAGGCGGUGGCGGCUCCCCCGGGACAAGAAUACUGGAGAGGCUGGGCCCCCCUGCGGCUGGCAGGUGGCCACGGGAGCUGUGCCGGCCGCGUGGAGGUUUUCUACCAGGGCGCCUGGGGGACGGUGUGUGACGACCUCUGGGACCUGCCGGAAGCAAACAUUGUCUGCCGACAGCUGGGCUGCGGCUGGGCCGUGGAGGCCCCGGGCGAGGCCCACUUUGGGGAAGGUUCCGGAAAGAUCCUCCUGGACAACGUGCAGUGCAGGGGGCAGGAAGAGCACCUGGAGGAGUGCUCCCACACUGGCUGGUUUGCCCACAACUGCGGGCACGGGGAGGAUGCUGGCGUGGUCUGUUCAGGCCCCUCUCUGUCUGCAGGGGACUGGCCGAAGCUGCGGCUGGUGGGCGGCUCAGGUCGGUGCUCAGGACGCGUGGAGGUCCUGCACCGUGGGGCCUGGGGCACCGUGUGCGACGACCUGUGGGACCUGAACGAAGCCGAGGUCGUGUGCCGGCAGCUGGGGUGCGGUCGGGCCGUGUCCGCCCUCGGGAAGGCCCACUUCGGCCCAGGCUCUGGAGACAUCUUCCUGGACAACCUGCAGUGCGCCGGGGCGGAGCGCUACCUGGGCCAGUGUGCCCACUCGGGCUGGUCGGAGCACAACUGUGGCCACCACGAGGAUGCCGGGGUCAUCUGCUCAGGGGACUGGCCGGAGCUGCGGCUGGUGGGCGGCUCAGGUCGGUGCUCAGGACGCGUGGAGGUCCUGCACCGCGGGGCCUGGGGCACCGUGUGCGACGACCUGUGGGACCUGAACGAAGCCGAGGUCGUGUGCCGGCAGCUGGGGUGCGGUCGGGCCGUGUCCGCCCUCGGGAAGGCCCACUUUGGCCCGGGCUCUGGAGACAUCUUCCUGGACAACCUGCAGUGCGCCGGGGCGGAGCACUACCUGGGCCAGUGCGCCCACUCGGGCUGGUCGGAGCACAACUGUGGCCACCACGAGGACGCCGGGGUCAUCUGCUCAGAUGAGCCAGAGCUGCGGCUGGUGGGCAGUUCUGGGCGGUGCUCUGGAUGCGUGGAAAUCCUGCACCAGGGAGCCUGGGGCACCAUGUGUGAUGACCUACGGGACCUGAAAGAAGCUGGGGUCAUGUGCUGGCAGCUGGGGUGUGGUUGGGCCAUCGCUGCCCCGGGAAAGGCCCACUUUGGCCCGGGCUCUGGAGACGUCCUCCUGGACAGCUUCCAGUGUUCAGGAAACGAGAGCCACCUUGGCCAGUGCCCCAGUUCCGGCUGGUCAGACCACAAGUGUGGUCACCAUGAGGAUGCUGGCGUUCCAAGCCACGGCUAUGUCGACACUAGCAUGAUCCCUUCCCAUUUUGUGAUUCACUCUUGGUUUGGUGGGACUCUGGAGUCUAUACCUGGGAAAAGUCCCCGGUACCCAACCAACUACCCCACUGACGUGGAGUGUGUCUGGGUGAUCCACCUGGCCGAGAAUUUCCGCAUAGAGCUGGAGAUCCCCAGCCUGAAAUUAGAGGACGUCUAUGGGUGCCCUUACGACUUCAUCGAAGUGUUCGAUGGACAGCAGGUUGCCUCGCUCUCCUUGGGCAGAUUUUGUGCCGGAACUGAGCUCACAUUCCACUCUUCUUCAAACAUCCUGACCACGGUGUUCAGGAGCAACGCCAGGAUCACCAACACGGGGUUCUACGCCUUGUACAGCGCCGUCCGGCAGGACGAAAGGGAGAGCGGUGAGUCCCUGAGGCUGGGGGAUGGCAGUCACAGAUGUGAGGGUCGGGUGGAGGUCUCCUACAACGGCACCUGGGGCACCGUGUGCGACGACAGCUGGGACCUGACGGACGCCAGGGUCGUGUGCCGGCAGCUUGGCUGCGGCGAGGCCUUGUCGGCCCCGAAGCAGAGCCACUUUGGUGGAGGCACCGGCCCCAUCAUCCUGGACAACGUGCAGUGUGCGGGGAGUGAGGCCAGGGUGUGGCAGUGCCCACACAGUGGCUGGUUCUCCCACAACUGUGGGCACCACGAGGACGCGGGUGUCGUCUGCUCAGAUGAAAAUAUCCAUUGUGGUGGUUUGCUGACAAGUAAUUCGGGCUCUUUCUCCAGCCCCUGGUAUCCUAAAAAGUACCCCACAAAUGUGAUGUGUGCCUGGGACAUACAAGUGGAUAGCAGGGCGCGUGUCAAACUUACAUUCGAAGUGAUAAAAUUGGAAAACUUCUACAGCUGUCCGUAUGACUUCAUUGAAAUCUUUGAUGGCCCACAAAGCAAAUCUUUUUCGCUGGGGAGGUUCUGUUCUGGCACAACCCCAGUAUUUACCUCCUCAGCAAAUCGCCUGACUGUGGUCUUCCAAAGCGACGCCAUUGUCACCAAUGUUGGCUUUUCUGCAUCCUACGAGGCUCUCCUGCAAGACGAGAACAACACUGACGCGGUGCUCAGGCUGGCCAAUGGAAGCCAGCCCUGCGAGGGCCGCGUGGAGCUGCACUUCAACGGCAGCUGGGGGACCGUGUGUGAUGAUGGCUGGGACCUGCAGGACGCCGAGGUGGUGUGCCGGCAGCUGAGCUGUGGCGGAGCAGUGUCAGCCCCCGGGAGGGCGAGAUUUGGCCGAGGCCUGGGCCCCAUCGCCCUGGAUGACGUGAAAUGUGUGGGGACUGAAGCCAGGCUGUGGCAGUGUCUGCAUGGUGGCUGGUUCUCCCACAACUGUGGCCACCACGAGGAUGCUGGUGUCGUCUGCUCAGCAUCUUUUCCAGCGCCAACAGAGGUGCCUACAUCAAUAGGUCUGGGCCUGCGGCUGGCCGAUGGGUCAAGCCGGUGUGAGGGCCGAGUGGAAGUCUGCCAUGCCGAUACCUGGGGCACCGUGUGUGAUGACAGCUGGUCCAUCGAAGAUGCCCACGUGGUCUGCAGGCAGCUUGGCUGUGGCCAGGCUGUGUCUGCCCUCCCGGGAGCCAGAUUCAGCCCUGGGGUGGGCAGCAUUCUCUUGGACGAUGUCAACUGCACGGGCAGCGAGUCCUCCCUGGCGCAGUGCCCUCACAGCGGCUGGUUCACCCACAACUGCGGGCACCAUGAAGACGCUGGCGUCGUCUGCUCAGAUCUGCCCGUGGUGAGGCUGGCCAGCAGCAGGAGCAGGUGUGAGGGCCGUGUGGAGAUCCACCACCACGGCACCUGGGGAACAGUGUGUGACGACCCCUGGGACCUGCCGGCUGCCCGGGUGCUGUGCCAGCAGCUGGUGGCAGCCCCGAGGAGAAGUCUGUUUGGCGAUGGCUUUGGCCCCAUCUCCCUGGACCACAUGCAGUGUGUGGGCGAGGCCCACCUGAGCCAGUGCCUGCACCUCGGCCUGUCUUUCCACAACUGUGGACCCCACAAGGUCACCGGGGCCAUCUGCGCAGUGUCAGCCACAGAAAUGAUCACCUCACCUGUUCCUGCCUCAGUUUCAGCCACAGAUUUGGUCCUUGCAACUGGCAUCAUUCCAACCUCAGCAGAAGUGACUCCUUCACCUGCAUCUCUGAGUAUUGCUGUAACCACCUCGACAGCUUCAUUGUCAGCCAGUGUGACCUCCACACCAGAUCUCUCUUCAGCCUCAGCAGAUAUGACCUCUCCAUCUGGCACAGAUGUGUUCUCGGCCUCAGCAGAAGUGGACACCCCCUCUGAUAUGACUCCCACUUCAAGCGAAGCUCCUUCUUCACCAGUUUCAGUAGGUGAGGAAAUGACCCCAUUACCUGACCUCCGCCUGGUGGGCGGGCGCAGCCGCUGCGAGGGCCGGGUGGAGGUCCGGCACGAGGGCGUGUGGGGCACGGUGUGCGACGACCACUGGAGCAUCAGGGACGCCCGCGUGGUGUGCCGCGUCCUGGGCUGCGGGCGCGCGCUGGGCGCCCUGGGGCGCGGCCGCUUCGGCCCAGGUUCGGGGCCCAUCCUGCUGGACGACGUGCGCUGUGCGGGCACCGAGGACGCGCUGGAGCGCUGCGCCCACGCGGGCUGGGCGCGCCACGACUGUCAGCACCGGGAGGACGCGGGCGUGGUCUGCGCAGCCCAGCUCUCCUGCUGGCCUCACCUUUUCCAAGUUGUCAUUGACCGAGGCUACCUCCGGAGGCUGGGCUACUCGUCCUGGGACAUCCACUUAAAUGAUGAGCUGUGUCGCCCCCGAGUCACAGGGCGCUACCUGAUCUUCAACAUUCCCUAUGGCCACUGUGGCACCAUCAGACAGGAAAGCCGAGGCUCCCUCAGCUACUCCAACUCCAUCAGAGGCCGAACCAGGGGCCACCCCGGCCGAGUCGUCGUGCGGCACAGGGUGCCUCGGCUCAAGUUCACCUGCAGGGUGGACGGCCCGUCAGCAGUGGAAGUUGUCCCUGGGGAGAACGCUGGCUACGAUGUGUCCAUAUCGUUCCUCGAGUGGUCCCCGUCCCAGCCUGGAGAAAACACGGGGCCACACGUCGCCAGCCAGAGGAAAGAGGUCUUCCUCCAGGCCACGCUCCACAGCCCUAACCCCAGCCUGCAGCUCUUUGUGGAUAGCUGUGUGGCUUCUCCAGACCCCAGUGAUUUUACAACUGUCAAGUAUGAUUUGAUCCAGCAAGGGUGCAUCAAAGACAAUACUUAUAUCAACCUGCACUCCCGGCAAAAGAAUGUAGCCCGAUUCAAGUUCAACAUCUUCAGCAUUCUCACCAGCUAUGACGUGAUCUAUCUGCAGUGUAAGAUCACCAUCUGCAAAGUGGGGGACCAUUCCUCCCGCUGCCCCCAGGGCUGUGCAGGGCGGAGCAAGAGGGGCACAGGCCUCAGGAAGGCCACAGGAGAGCAGACUGAGCAUUUCCAAAUAGUGGGGCCGCUGCAGAUCCACAAAGCAGCCGGUCAGAGAAAGACUCAUGGGUGAUUUCUCCGAGUUUCACAUCAACCUGCUAGAAAUUGGAAGCAAAUUCUAUUUCUGCUCAGCGAAGUAAUGUUGGAUAAAUCUGAGGUUGUCCUCGUAGAGACAGAUAAAAGAGCUAAAGAGGUUCUCUUUGAGGCUGAUUGCUAAGUAAAUCUUGUCUGAUUACCAAAUUUCUAAGGCAAUUGCUCUCUUUGCAGCUAGGAAUCUUGCAUUUUAUAAUUCUUCACUAUCAAGAAUUUGAUCACUGUCUUAAACUGUGCAACAUGUCAGAAGAAAAGUUCUCUCUUGAUACCACACUGCACUUUAAAGAUAUUUUUGGCUUCUUAAUGUUUAGAUGCUAGUAGGUGGAUCU